GGUGGUGUUUUUAUGGCCUCGGCACCCGGCCCCACCGGGAGGGAUGAGCGACCGGCUGAGGGGUUCACCAGAAGAAGCUCGGCCAUGAUGGCAAGUACUUGAGUAUGGAACGCGCCAGUAUUUCACUUUUUUCUUAAUUUGAUAUCACCUCAAAUCAAUCGUUAAUAUCGUUCUUCGGAGUUGCCAAGAUGGUUCAAGUCUCAUCCAUCGGCCUCCUUCUCGGCCUAGUUGCGAGUCAGAUCAUCUCGGCCCAAACACAAUCUCUCCCAAAACAACUCGCCGUAGUCCGUCGGCGCUCUGGUCUCACGCACAAAGAGUACUUGUACUACCAUACACUAGUUCACGGACAGAAGUCAUGGAACGCGCCGCGAGACGAUUCCUUCCCCGGAGCCUACAUUCAAAGUCACGUCUUUGACGGAGUCUUUGGUGCGAACAAUAGCGUAGCGAACCAAGUCUACGUCGGACGCGACGACAUUGCAGAGCUAUACAGCAGCUCUCCAACAUCUUUCACGGGCCCGCCGUCCACGAAUUACACUCAGACGGUAAUCGGACCCGAUGGAGCCAACUUCAACGAUUUCCCAGUUGCCAUGUCGAUGAUCGCGACGGAGAUUUUCCUGACCAAUAUCACUGCGGGUCCCCCGAAACCUCCGGCGAAGCCCGGUAACGAGCCUCCGGUCGCCUUCUUCUGGGCCAUGGCUACGAAGAAUGCUACGUCCAACGAGACGUUUGCGAGGAACCUGGCGGAUGCGCUCAUCAGACCUUUGCCCGCUGGAACGAUCUACAACGCCAGUAUCCACGUGCCCAUUCCAGGCGCCGAUGUCAGGCCUUACUUUGGUGGGGAGAAUAUGCCGAUCAUCAAUACUGUCAUCAAAUUGUGGCUCAAUGACAGCGGGUCGGCCAUCACGCAGCUUCGGGCUUCGCAAACGAAAUUGGACAAUGCGGCACUCAAUUUGGACGAGAAUCUGUCAUAUAUGCUGUUUUCCAAGGAGGUGACGAUUUGGGAUACCAGGGCUGGCAUCGACGUAAGUUCCGAUGGUUAAGCAAUACUAGGAGAUCGCUGAGCUAACCUCGAAAUAGUUUGGUAUCCCGCGCCUUGAGGCUGUAUUGAAGGCUGAGAAUUAUUGAUCGCAGACUUCCUUUAGGGGUCAGUUAUGGGACAUGGAAAAGAACCCGAUGGAAAAAACCUGUUGGGUUUCAAUUGGGCAUGUGUCUAUAUAUGUAAGUAUCAAUGAAUGAAUGGACGUUCGAUCUGUUCAAAGUCUUCCUCCGGAUAGGCCACGUUGAGCGGCCGCCGUAAC